CCCGGGAGGUGGAGGUUGUAGUGAGCUGAGAUUGUGCCAUUGCACUCCAGCCUGGGCUACAAGAGCCAAACUCCGUUUAAAAAAAAAAAAAUGUGGUUGCUUUAUCUGGCAGCUAGCCCUCCUCCUGAAGCAGUCUAGGAGCUUGCAGCCACCCUGUUAGCUCAACAGCAUCCCACAUGCAUUCUUACCAUGCUGCAGAUCUGAAAGACCUUAGAGGCCCUUGUGUCAGGAACCUGGGACUAAGACUAAAUAUCAAAACAGAAAAUGCUCCUAUUACCUCUGUCACGAAGGGCUUUAUAAGAGCUUUGGAAGCUCUAUGCCAGGAACCAGGGGCAGAGACCAAAUGUAUAUUUCUCUUCUUAUAUUGGAGACAGAGUCUCACUCUGCCACUGAGGCUCACCACCUCAGAAGCAGGAACCGAAGUCGUCGCCGCCGCCACCACUGCCUGGGUCUCCGGCCGCCCGCGCGCUGGCUCGGUCGGGGCCCGCAGCCAUGGAGGAUUUCAUCGUGAUCUCGGACGACAGCGGCUCUGAGAGCUCCGGGGGCGCCCGCCCGGGCCGGUCGCGGAGGCUGCGCCGGGCCCUGUCGCGAACCUCCGGCGCGCUGCCCCGCCGGACCGUGGACUUCAUUGACUUAACUAGAGAGACCAGACCAAGGACAAAAGAUCGCAGUGGACUGUAUGUGAUUGACCUGACAAGAGCUGAGGGAGAAAAUAGACCUAUUGCCACUCUUGACUUAACUUUAGAACCUGUCACUCCUUCCCAGAAGGAGCCAACCAGUCUUCAGACAUGUGCCAGCCUCUCUGGCAAAGCAGUGAUGGAAGGGCAGGUGGGCAGAAGCUCUCAGCCUACGGCACGGAGACUCAUUAACAGUGAUCCUGUAGAUUUGGACCUAGUGGAAGAAAACACCUUUGUAGGUCCCCCACCCGCUACAUCCAUCAGUGGAGGCUCUGUUUAUCCAACAGAGCCUAAUUGUAGCUCAGCCCCAUUCACAGGUAACCUCAGCUUCUUGGCAAGCCUACAGCUGUCUUCAGAUGUUAGCUCCCUCUCCCCAACAAGCAAUAAUAGUAGCAGCAGCAGCAGCAGCAGCAGCAGCAGCAGCAAUCAAAAAGUACCCUUGCCAUGCCCACAGCAAGAUGUGUCUCGCCCACCACAAGCCUUGCCUUGCCCACUGAGAGCCUCACCUUGUCCACCACGAGCCUUGUCAUGCCCAUCACAAACCAUGCAAUGCCAACUACCAGCUCUAACUCACCCACCUCAAGAAGUGCCAUGCCCUCGGCAGAAUAUCCCAAGCCCACCUCAAGACUCGUUAUGGCAUCCUCAACACUCACCAAGCCCACCUCAAGACUCUCUGGGCCUACCUCAAGAUGUGCCAGGCCCGCCUCAAAGCAUAUUACAUCCACAAGAUGUGGCAUACCUGCAAGACAUGCCACAGUCACCAGGAGAUGGGCCACGGUCACCAGGAACCAUGCCACCAUCACCAGAUGUGCCACAGUCACCAGGAGACAUGCUAGGGCCACCAGGAGAUGUGCCACAGUCACCAAGUUAUGUUUCACCGUCACCAGAUGCACCACAGUCACCAGGGGGCAUGCCACACUUACCGGGAGAUGUGUUACAUUCACCUGGAGACAUGCCACACUCAUCAGGGGACGUGACACACUCACCUAGAGACAUCCCUCACUUACCAGGAGACAGGCCUGACUUUACCCAGAAUGAUGUACAGAACUGUGACAUGCCUAUGGAUAUCUCAGCUCUGUCCUCUCCAAGCUGCUCUCCCAGCCCACAGUCUGAAACUCCCUUAGAGAAAGUUCCUUGGCUCUCUGUCAUGGAAACCCCAGCCAGAAAAGAAAUACCACUGUCAGAGCCUGCCAAACCUGGGUCUGCCCACGUACAAUCACGAACACCACAAGGUGGGUUGUACAACAGACCAUGCCUGCAUAGACUGAAGUACUUCUUACGACCUCCGGUUCAUCACCUCUUCUUUCAGACGCUAAUACCGGAUAAAGACACAAGAGAGAACAAGGGUCAAAAAUUAGAACCCAUCCCUCAUCGAAGACUAAGAAUGGUAACAAAUACCAUUGAAGAGAAUUUUCCUCUGGGGACUGUGCAGUUUUUGAUGGACUUUGUGUCACCCCAGCAUUACCCACCAAGAGAAAUCGUGGCUCACAUCAUCCAGAAAAUCUUGCUCAGUGGCUCUGAGACUGUGGAUGUCCUAAAGGAGGCCUACAUGCUUCUCAUGAAAAUUCAACAGCUACAUCCAGCCAAUGCCAAGACAGUGGAGUGGGACUGGAAACUGCUCACCUAUGUCAUGGAGGAAGAGGUAAGACGUGACUUUGCUCCUCGUUCACCUUUUGCCAUGAUUGUGAGGCCUCCCCAGCCAUGUGGAACUGUUUUGGGGGAACAGAUGGUGUUAGGGUACAUAGAACCCAGCACCGAGAGGAACCAUCAGAGGAUGUUCCAUGAGAACUUGGUGAGGGUUGUGGAGAGGUUGGCUGGUGCUUCUCCGUCUUCAUACAGAUGUCCAGACAGGGGACCAGAAGUCUCAGGUCUGAGCUCUACCUGGAAGCCCCUCACGUCUGUAGCCAUCAAACCUCCAGAUAAGACGAGCCCUGAAGCAUUUUGGUUGCAUCAGAAAACAGAUGGAAGGCCAGCCUUCACAGAUGCAUAUACUUCAUCCUGGCUUCCACCCACAGAGGUUGCAUCUGUGCAGAAAUUCAUCCCAGAGCACCAGGCAGGUGGGUGUCAACUCCUGCUGAGAUUUCACUGUAUCAGGAAACUCAUGCAUCUGGUGCAACUGUCCCGGAGUGGCUCUGACAGUCCACGGCUGGGCAGUGGAGACACUGAUGACAGCCUUGAGCAGAGUGGUUUUAGUAGGAAUGGCAGAGACAAAAGCCAGGCUAGAGGAGUUUAAGGAAGGAACAGAGGUAAGUAAGCUAGAAAUGAACUUUUCCAGUCACUUGGAAAAAAUAAGACCAAAGAUGAUUAUGCAUAUCACAACUGAUACACACAUAGCCCAGGGCCAGGUUCCCUCCUCUCUGGAACCCCUGAUUCCUGCUGGUGCUGUUUUAUCUCCCCAGGUAGCCACUGUGUCUUUAUCUCCCUCCAGAGAAGCAAUGCGCUCCAGACUCUGAUGCACUGGAGGCAGGAGACAGCUGCAGGUGGUGGUGUGCUCUGGAAGAGUAGAAACAGAGACCCCUCAUAGAUACCCUGUCUUCAGAAUAGACCUAGGCUCUUCACCCCACCACCCCUGCCACCACCCCACCCAAGCCACUGCAGUGUCUUGCCCAGACAAGGGGCAUAGCCAACUAACUGAUCCCUCAGAUCUUGCCCUGGUCCCCCUAAGAUAACUCUUUAUAUGGCAGCUUUCUCCAUCUUAGCACUUUGGGAGGCCGAGACAGGUGGACUGCCUGAGCUCAGGAGUUCAAGACCAGCCUGGGCAACAUGGUGAAGUCCAGUCUGUAUUAAAACUAUAAAAAAUUAGCUGGGCAUGGUGGCACGCACCUCUAAUCCCAACUACUGUGGAGGCUGAGGCAUGAGAAUCGCUUGAACCUGGGAGGCAGAGGAUGCAGUGAGCCGAGAUGUUGCCACUUCACUCCAGCCUGGACAACAGAGCAAGACUCUGUCUAAAACAACAACAACAACAAAAAAUAAAAAACAAAAGAAGGAAGAAAGAAAGAAGGGAGGGAAGGAGGGAAAGAAAAAGAAAGGAAAGAAGGAAGGAAAGAAAGAGAAAGAGAAAACGCUAUAACAGAGAUGAUGAAGGCAUUUGAUGGGACCAUCAGUAGACUGGACAUAGAUGAGGAAAAAAUCAGCCUGAAGAUAUGUUAAUAGAAACUUCCCAAACUGUAAUGCAAAGAAAAAAAUGGGGAAAAAACAGAUUAUACAAGAACUGUGGGAUAUUUUCAAAAGGUAUAAUAUAUGCACAAUUGAAACACCACAAGGAGAAGAAAGGGAGAACAGAGCAGAAGAAUCGUGAAAGUUAUAAUGGCUCCCAAUUUUCCAAAAGUAAAGGCAGACCCCAAGCCACAGAUCCAAUAAGCUUAGAGAACACCAAAUAGGAUACAUACUUAAAAAAAAAAAUCAACACCUACAUAUAUCAUAUUCAAACUGUAGAAAACCAAAGACAAACACAAAAUCUUGAAAGAAGCCAUAGAAAAAAACCCAGCUUACUUAUACAGGAAAUGAGUAAGAAUUACAGCCUUCUUGUCAGACACCACGCAAGCAAGAAGAGAAAAGGGUGAAAUAUGUAAAGUGUUGAAAGAGAAAACUGGCUGGGCACAGUGGCUCACGCCUGUAAUCCCAGCACUUUGGGAGGCCGAGGUGGGUGGAUCACGAGGUCAGGAUUUCAAGACCAUCCUGGCUAACACGGUGAAACACCGUCUCUACUAAAAAUACAAAAAAAUUAGCCAGGCGUGGUGGCAGACGCCUGUAGUCCCAGCUACUCGGGAGGCUGAGGCAGGAGAAUGGCGUGAACCCGGGAGGUGGAGCUUGCAGUGAGCCGAGAUCGCGCCAUUGCACUCCAGCUUGGGCGACAGAGCAAGACUCUGCCUCAAAAAAAAAAAAAGAGAAAACCCCAUCAACCUAGAUUUCUAUAUCCAGCAAAAGUAUCCUUCAAAAGUGAAGAAAACAUUGUGUAUGUAAAGGCUACAGAAUGGUGGAUUUUAUGAUGGUUUAAAAAUGGUGACAUCCAUGUUAUAGAAAUUUUUUGCUCUCACAAAAAGAAUGAAAGAGAAACAAAAACUUUUUGAGGGCCAGGCAUGGUGGCUCACACCUGUAAUCUCAGCACUUUGAGAGGCCAAGGCAGGAAGAUCGCUUGAGCCCAGGAGUUUGAGACAAGCCUGAGUGACAUAGUGAAACCCCAACUUUACAAAACAAUUAAAAAUUAGCUGAGUGUGGUGGCAUGGUCCUGUAGUCCCAGCUACUUGGGAGGCUGAAGUGGGAUCCUUUGAGCCUGAGAGGUCGAGGCUGCAGUGAACCGUGUUUGGCCACUGCACUGCAGCCUGGGUGACAGUCAAGACCCUGUUUCAAAACAAAAAAAAAAAAAAAAAAACUUUCUCAGACAAGCAAAAAAAUGAGAG